ACUCACAUGGAAGCGACGCCUUUCAUAUCUCUCUUUCUGGUUUUUAGAUCACUAAUAUGCUGUUUUAAUGUGUCAUUUAGUGGAUUUCAGAAAAAGCUAUCAUUUUGAUAACAUUUAGUGUAACGAUAUCAACAGAGAUAUGACUUUUGGGCCUUUAAAUGCCACAAAUAACUAGGUAAAUGUUGACUUAAAUGGCACAAAUAGGCUCAGAUAUGUGUGAACUGCAGGUGGAUGGCGUUUCAGAUGUGAUGGAUCUGCUUCAAAUAGACGUGGAGACUGAUGUGGUGCAAGACAGGUCAGGGAGAGAAGCUGUACCGUUUUCUAGAAAUGUGUUGAGGAAGCAGCGACACUGGGAGAGGCAGCUGGCAGCAAAGAAAAGCAAGAGGAAAGAAGAGAAGCAGCGGAGGAAGCUUAACCGUGAGCAGGAGUCAGGCUCCCAUGCAGAUAAUCCUCAGUUUACCAAACGAGUCCUGAAAGCGAUCACAAAAGAGCGUUUAGCUGAAGCUCAGUCCACAGGACUCAAACUGUGUGUAGACCUGAGUAUGACAGACAGCAUGUCUGAUAAGGAGAUCUGUCGACUGGCCGGCCAGAUAAGAAGACUGUACGGUUCAAACAAGAAGGCGAUUCGACCCUUUCACCUUCUCCUGACAGACCUGAGAGAGGACAGCCGUCUCUACAGAGAGUGCCUACGAAUGAACGCAGGCUUCCUCAACUACAUGAUGGACAUAAAAGAAGAAAGCUGUCUGGACCUUUUUUCUCCAGAAACUGUUGUCUACCUCACACCAGAUGCUGAAGAAGCUUUAGAAACAGUGGAUGCUGACAAGGUGUACGUCCUCGGUGGCCUUGUGGAUGAAAGCAUCCAGAAGAAGUUGAGCUUCUCGAGGGCUAGAGAACUGAGCGUCCACACGGCGAGGCUGCCCAUAGACGAGUACAUGGUGAAAAAAUGCAAUGCCAAGAAUUUCCACUCAAAGAUCCUGGCUGUUAAUCAGGUGUUUGACAUCUUAUUGACUUUCUGCAAAACCGGCAGCUGGACAGAAGCCCUGCAGGCAUGGUUCCCCCAGGGGAAGGGUUAUGUUGUUGCACCAGAGUUUUCCUUACCACUUUCCAUCCCUCCAUCACAAACUUAGCACAGGUAUUCAUUUUCAGUCGGGAUUUAUACAGAACCCUUUUUGCAUCCAUGUUACUUCCUUGAGGGGAAUUAAUCCAAUGGGAUUUGCCUGGUUACGGAGAAAUUGCACACUGUUGUUUAACAUUUCUGGGUUUUGUUUACUUUUACCAACAACUGUAAUAUUUUUUUAUGGCUGGAAAUGUUUAAAAGUUCUCAUCUGAGUUUUUAAUAAAACAGUGGAACUUUUGUAUUUUUACACUUUCUCAGGAAUCAUUUUUGUUGAGUUCAGCAACAAUGAACGACACUAAUAAUCAAAUCUGUUUUUGUACAUAAAAUCUUAUUGCAUCCGGCCGCUUUGGGCUUCCUAUUGAGAGGAUCUGGGUUCACGAUUGCCCAGAUCUGAGUAUUGAUCUUGACUGGCAUGAUGUAUGGGCUAACAUCCCAGAAGUAUCACACAAUCUAGACCAUUAGCAGAUUUGCUACAAUUUCAGUCAUAGGACAUAUGUAACCCCUGUGAAAACACAUCACAUGUGGCCAGGUUGGUUCAGUGGUAGAACAGGCGCACAUGUACUGAGAGGUUUAUGGCUCGACGCUGAGGUCCAGGGUUUGAAUCUGACCUGUGAUGAUUUCCUGCAUAUCUUCCCUCUCUCUUUCCCCUUUCUCACCUAACUGUCUUGUCAAAAAUGAAAGGUGGAGCCC